AUGAAUUACCACCUGUCAAUGGGAAAUGUUUGUGAAAUGGAUCUGAUACUGGCAAGGGCAGGUCUGUUAGAACUCGCUGAUGAUCAGAUCAAGAAUAUGACGGUUUGUCCAGUCCAUCGCUACACUUUGGGAAAAUACUGGCAAGCUCCAAAGACCUGCCAGUAUCCAAUACAUCACGGGAAGAAAAUGGAAAUAUCCGGAACACAUGUUAUUAAUUUCAAGACUGCAAGGGAAAUAAAAAAUAUCUUUGGAGAAGCCGUUCCCGUUGGCUCGCGUCAACACUAUCAGACUAGCAACUAUAACUGUUUUAUUCUUUCAUUUUAUACUUAACAUAUCACAAUUAAAAGGUUUUGUCUGUCUUAACAUUUCAACUAAAUACUUUCGUUCAUAAUCUAAUUACUUAAAAGCGAGCUAUAGACUGAGGGGAAGUCUCAUUCUAUAUAUUUUCUGAACGAUAAACAAUCGAUCCCGUAUUUGAUAGUAUUUUGCAGCCAGAAGAUCAUUUCCAAACAAAUAACAUAUCAAAUGAUCUCAGUUUGGUUUUUGUAGUUCAUUAGCAAUAGUUCUUUGCUGUGCGUCAUCUAUAAAUCUGGUCGCUGAUUUAUAGCCUUUAUAAUAUAAUUUCCAAGAUGGGAUAUAAAGAUAUAGCUUCUUUUAUCAACUUAGAAGUACAUCUGGUAUUUUUUAACAAGUCUUUGCAGGUUGCAAAACUAUUUUUUGUUUCUUUUUGUUACUAGCUUUUUCACAACGUGCAGAAAGAAACACCGCAAAGAAUUAGAUCGGAAAUCAGACUGGCUAUACCCUGACGGAACUGAGGGAGAUGUGCUGUCGGGAGAGUAGUCGUUUGGUUGUUAUUUUAUAAAAAAUACACACAUGGUUAUCCCGUCAGGUUAUCCUAUGGCAAGGCAACUAAGUAGCAGCCUUUCCAUUUCUACCGUGUAGCAUGAAAAUUUUGCGGGAGUUUUAUUUUGCGGAUUGGCAAUUUUUUGUGGUUUGCGGGAACAAAUUCUUGCGGUUCAAGAUGACUGACAUUUCUGGUGGGAACCAAUUUUUGCGAUUCUCUGUUCAAGUAGCAGAAUAUUGAAGUGGAAGAAACCUUGAUAUGGUAUUUUCAACUUUUAUUUUACGGUAUGUUGAGUCAAAGUUCACUCUACUUACAUAUUUAAUGGAGAAUAAUACGGUAAUAUCUUACGUCACAAAGGGACUGAACAACAGCAAAACAAAACAAAAGCCUAUCCCUACCACACACAACAAGUCCAUUAAAAGCAGAGCUUUAAUUUGACUGAAGGGAGUUAAUUUUUCCGGCGUUUUAUUUUGCGGGGUUUUUUUUCUGCGGGAACUAAUUUUUGCGGAUCGAGGUCAAUCCGCAAAAUUCGCAAAAAUUAGAACCCGCAAAAUUUUCAUGCUACUCGGUAUUCUCCGCAGACAUGCUAAAGAGGCUGUUGUGGGAGCCAUCGGUCGCAUGGUCACUUCGACUCCAUUUCUUGAAGAUCAAUCAACGCCAGCUUCCUGGAACACCAUGCUGGACUCCAGGGUCAGAGGAGGCCUCUUUUACUUCACCCGUGGUAACCGAUGCAGUCGGCAGGUAUAACGAGGCGAUGGAUACAAUUGCGAGUCUUACUACACAAGAACAAGUAGAACGCUAGUCCCUUAAAUAUCAGCAGAAACCUUCAUUCCAAAACUUCAGCGAUGGGGAACAGUUGAAAGUUGUAAAAAAGGCUAAACACGACUGCUUGCACGUAUGUAAUGUAAUUGCCCCAAGUAACAGGGAGGAGCUCUUCGAGUCAAUGAUGUCUGUACAAAGAGAAUUAUUUGAUAGCUCAGCCCCCGAUGAUCUUGUGGUACUCAUGACUGCUUAA